AUGUGUCACGACCAUGAUGAUGCUCUCGCAGUAGACGAGCAAGAUGAUCUUACUUCCGAAGUUGGAAGCAGCAUCGCUUCAUCAAGCACUAGUCUCCGUGAUUCCAUCAUGGACUACCGCAUUGAGAACGGCAGAACUUAUCAUCGAUACAAAGAUGGCAAAUAUGCCUUUCCCAAUGACGAGAGAGAGUUGGAAAGAUUAGAUUUGCAAGGCGAACUUUGGGACAUCUCUCUUGAUUUCGCUCUUGGUAUCGCUCCGCCUUGCGAGGAGAACGCCAAAGUCGGCCGAGUACUUGAUGUUGGCACUGGUAGUGGACUCUGGGCUAUCAAUUACGGAGACGAGCAUCCUGAUGCCGAGGUUAUCGGCAUUGACCUCUCACCAACCCUACCUGACUAUGUGCCCCCUAACGUGAGGUUUGAGAUUGAUGAUGUUGAAGAAGAAUGGACAUGGUCGCAACCUUUUGACUAUAUUCAUAGCCGCAUCAUGACGGCAAGCAUCAGCGACUGGGAGGUCUAUCUCCGCAGGUGUUUCGAGGGCAACCUCAGCAAUCUCACCCCGGGUGGAUGGCUCGAACUACAGGAACUCGAUGUCAUUGUCGCUUCCGAUGACGGAACUCUCACAGAAAACCAUGCCUUCUCUAAGUGGUGCAAACUCAUCCAGAAAGCCACGGCGCAGCUUGGGCGCGCUUACAUUGACCCGAGACCUCUCGUGGACACCUUGAAGGCCAUCGGAUUUGUCGACGUACAGAUCACCAGCUACAAGUGGCCCUGUAAUGAUUGGGCCAAAGAUGAGAAAUAUAAACAGCUCGGAAGGCUGCACUGUGAGAACUUCACAAGUGGCCUCGAAGCGUUUUCUAUGGCAGGCUUUACCCGCGCCUUUGAUUGGACCCCGGAAGAGGUCAACGUUUUCCUAAUUGAUGUUCGAAACGAUAUCAAGAACAGGACUAUCCACAGCUAUACCCCAACCUACUGCAUCAUCGGGCGCAGGCCAGAGAAGGAGAGCACGCCUGCUCCCCCAGCCCCGGCUUCUUCGGAGGCUCCUUCCUCUCCCCCAACUCAACCUCCAGCUGCAGCGUCAUCUUGA